AUGUUGGCGAAGACAGCAAUAAAAGAUAAGAAAAGCUUAAGGACUGACUUGGUGUUCCUUGUACUUCCAUAUGGUAUUCUUUUAAUUGAUAUCAACGAAGUCAAAAUUUACAAUAUUGGCAAUGAAACGUUUUUGAAUUCAAGUGUGACAUUUGUAAAACUUAUUCAUUUUGCAAAUGUUCUUUAUUUACAAAGGACAGGGAUCUAUCCAAAAGAUACAUUUUCUAUUGUUAAAUUGAAAAAAUCGGGAAAUGAAACAUCUCAAUCUCAUCAAACACAUGCUAUUUGUUGCGAAGUACUAUUCGGUCUUCUGAACAAGAGAAACAUCCUGACUUAUCCAUAUAAGUUUCGGCAAUUGCUUUUGGUAGCUCAAUGUUUGAUUGCAAUCGAUUUGGAGAAUACGGAUGGUUGUUUACGACAGAUUAAAGACUUUUUAGAGUCCCGUUUCUCAUAUUUAAUGCUGAUCACGCUGGACAGCCAUCCCAGCUCGCAUUUUUCGUGCCUUGUUGCAUCAGACGAAACACUUUUUGUAAAGGAGAUUGCAACAAACAAAGUAGUUAAAGACAUGCAACGUCUUUUUCAAAAUGAUAUUUCAUAUCAACUUUCUGAAAAUAUAUGUAAGCAUGUUUUGAAAUUUAUUUGUUCUGAAGCGUCCUUUAUACGUUCUUACUGUUGUGCAACAGUCAAUGAUGAAACCUUCGAUAAAAGCAUCGCCACUAUCAUUAGAAGUCGACAAUAUCGAAGUAAUAUGGAGAGAAUGUCAUUAGCAGCGUCAAGGAAGGAAGACCUGGCCAAGUUCUUACCCAGUAUUUUUGUGAAUUGUUUGGCAAUUGGGUUAAGAGUCACACUGACUGACUUUAAACAGAACUGGCCUGUAUCUAUCCCAGCUACCUCUAAAUCGCUCUUUACGACCUUUGAUUUUAUCGACAUCUUUCUUUUACAGUUGUUAGCGUUUCGAUAUAUUGCAUCAAGAUCGGAUAGAUCUGUUACAGAUUUGGUCCUAGAAAUGGAAACUUUAGAGAAUGAAGACCUGGCCAAGUUCUUACCCAGUAUUUUUGUGAAUUGUUUGGCAAUUGGGUUAAGAGUCACACUGACUGACUUUAAACAGAACUGGCCUGUAUCUAUCCCAGCUACCUCUAAAUCACUCUUUACGACCUUUGAUUUUAUCGACAUCUUUCUUUUACAGUUGUUAGCGUUUCGAUAUAUUGCAUCAAGAUCGGAUAGAUCUGUUACAGAUUUGGUCCUAGAAAUGGAAACUUUAGAGAAUGUAAGCAAUCAAUCUGACACUGAUAGUGAUAUUUAUUAAAAUAUAAUUAUAUGUUAUCGUGUUCGUAUUUGUUAAAACAUUUUGUUUCUUAGGUAAUAUUUUUUAUAUUUUCAGCUAUACAAUUUAUUUUACUUUAAAUAGAUGUGCAGCCGUACUUUAAUUUUGAUCAAUGGUAGCCGUACCUAACCUAAUUUCUUUUUAUGGAACAUUUGUAGCAUUUGAAGAUGUUUCUUAUACGAUAGGACCCAGCCGUACCUUAAUAUGGUCCAGCCGUACCUUAUUUUAGCUAGCCGUACCUAACCUAAUUUCGUUUUUAUGGAACAUUUGUAGCAUUUGAAGAUGUUUUUUAUACGAUAGGACCCAGCCGUACCUUAAUAUGGUCCAGCCGUACCUUAUUUUAGCUAGCCGUACCUAACCUAAUUUCUUUUUAUGGAACAAUUUUAGCAUUUGAAGAUGUUUCUUAUACGAUAGGACCCAGCCGUACCUUAAUAUGGUCCAGCCGUACCUUAUUUUAGCUAGCCGUACCUAACCUAAUUUCGUUUUUAUGGAACAUUUGUAGCAUUUGAAGAUGUUUCUUAUACGAUAGGACCCAGCCGUACCUUAAUAUUUUCCAGCCGUACCUUAUUUUAGCUAGUCGUACCUAACCUAAUUUCGUUUUUAUGGAACAAUUUUAGCAUUUGAAGAUGUUUCUUAUACGAUGGGACCUAGCCGUACCUUAAUAUGGUCCAGCCGUACCUUAUUUUAGCUAGCCGUACUUAACUUAAUUUCGUUUUUAUUGUACAUAUUUUAGCCUUUAAAGUUGUUUCUUAUAUGAUAGGACCCAACCGUAAAAUAUAUGUUGUCUUAUAA